GAAAGGUAACGGAGAUGGGCGCAGAGCUGCUCUCUGCGGCAUCUCGGUAGGGUUGGCGGACGACGCUGCGCCUCUGCGUUUCUGGAGCGUCCCUGCAGGCGAAGAAAUGGCUAACAAAGUACCCGAGCGGACCUUUCAGUACCAAGACAGCCUGCCACCGCUUCCUGUGCCAUCACUGGAGGGCACUCUUUCCAAGUACCUGGAUGCAGUGCGUCCCUUUGCAUCGGAGGAGGAAUACCAGACUACAGUGGAUAUCGUGAGGAAAUUUAAAGAGGGCGUAGGCCGAGACCUGCACCAGAGGCUACUGCAGAGAGCCAGAAAGAAGAGGAACUGGCUGGAGGAUUGGUGGCUUGACAAAGCUUAUCUGGAGGUCCGUAUCCCCUCUCAGCUGAAUGUGAACUUUGGGGGCCCGGCACCCUACUUGGAGCACUGCUGGCCCCCUACAGAAGGAACACAACUGGAGAGGGCCAGUGUUGGCACAUGGCACACGCUGCAAUACUGGAACCUGAUUCGCACGGAGAGGCUGACCCCUCAGACAGCUGGAAAUAUUGCAUUUGAUAUGGAGCAGUACAGAAUGUUGUUUAAUACCUGCAAAGUACCCGGAGUUAACAAGGAUGUUCUUGUCAACUACUUUAAGACUGAGAGCGAGGGUCCCUGCCCCUCCCAUGUGGUGGUGAUGUGCCGUGGACGAAUCUUCUCAUUUGACGCAGUUUGUGAUGGACAGAUUCUGUCUCCGCCGGAGCUGCUCAGGCAGCUGAGGUUUGUGAGGGAGCGUUGUGAGGGAGAGCCAGAGGGAGAUGGAGUCGCUGCUCUCACCACAGAGGAGAGAACCUGUUGGGCUAAGGCCAGGGAGCAUCUGAUAAGUAUCGAUUCAGCCAACAAGACGAUCCUGGAGACCAUCCAGAGCAGUCUGUUCGUCAUAUCUCUGGAUGAUGCCAAACCGUACUCCACCCCAGAGAACUACACCGCGAUGACCCUGGAGGCCCUUACAGGCGACCCUGCCACCCGCUGGGGGGACAAAUCCUAUAAUUCAAUCUCUUUUGCAGAUGGCACUUUUGGAUCAAACUGUGAUCAUGCACCAUAUGAUGCCAUGGUGAUGGUUUCUCUGUGUUAUUAUGUGGACCAGCAAAUCAAAGCUACAGAUGGCCAAUGGAAGGGCCCAGACACCGUCAGACCUAUGCCUCUGCCCAGGGAACUUGUGUUCACUGUGGACGAUAAGGUCAGGAGUGACAUCAGCCAUGCCAGAAACCAGUACCUGGAGACGACACAGAACCUGCAGGCGGCGUGCCACGCCUUCACUUCCUUUGGAAAAGCAGACGUCAAACAGAGGAAACUGCAUCCUGACACUUUUGUUCAACUGGCGAUGCAGCUAGCCUACUACAGAAUGCACGGCAGGCCAGGUAGCUGUUACGAGACAGCGACGACUCGCAGGUUUUACCACGGCAGGACCGAGACCAUGCGACCCUGCACCCCGGAGGCUGUCAGCUGGUGUCAGACAAUGCUUGACCAUACAUGUAGUGCUGACGCCAGGAGGAAAGCCAUGCUGCUGGCCUUCGACAAGCACAACAAACUGAUGGCCGAAGCCCAGAAUGGAAAAGGUUUUGACAGACAUCUCCUCGGCCUAUAUCUUAUCGCCCAGGAGGAGGGACUUCCUACACCAGAUCUCUUCAUGGACCCUCUCUAUGCUAAGAGCGGCGGGGGUGGUAACUUCGUGUUGUCAUCCAGUCUGGUGGGCUACACAACCGUUCUGGGGGCUGUGGUUCCCAUGGUGCACCAUGGCUACGGUUUCUUCUACCGCAUCAGAGACGACAGGAUUGUAGCUUGCAUCACAGCAUGGAAAUCUGACCCGGAGACCGACGCAGAGGCACUUUUCCACAACCUGCGGACCUCCUUCCAUGAUAUGCUCCAGCUGGCAACCACCUCUCAGCUGUAACUUCCUGCAACCACUCAACAUCAGAAAAAGGAGUGGAAUAUAACCCUGCUGUAGCAUCUCAUGGUUGGACACAGUCACAGUCCAUGAAAAAGCCAAGUUAACGACUGACAGCUAGCGACAGUCAUGUUUGUGUUCUGCACAGAUCAAUGCAAAGGCAAAGAAUCAAUGCAGCCGAGGAUAAAAUCCUGCAGCUCUGUCCUCCUUUUUUCACUUUUAUUUUCAUUUUUUCAUCACCAGUGGUGCCUUUUCUGUGGUGAUUCUCGUAAGAGAUUUUGCAGGUGCUGGAUUUUAACAGUAUUAAACGGUAUUAAACCCGGCUUUCUGACAUUUGGUGAAGUCAGAGGAGUCGGCCGGGUUUUGAAGAAACCGUCGCGGGUCACAGCUCGUGGCUUGUUGAGAAGAAUUUAAACACCACUUUUAUCUUGGGACAUUCCAAAUUAAGUCAUAAGCAGUAGCAACCUUGAUAACAGUCAAAUCAGAAUAAAUCAUUAAUAUUUUUUUUUAGCUUCUGGAUUGAGGGUCCCAACACAAACCGUGUGGCUUUAAAGUUGCUGCUCAACUUUUAAACUCAACUAAAGACGGAUUUAAAUGUUAUAAAAUAUAUAAAAGAUUUGAUUUUUUUUUUCAUGCAAGCAUCCCUUCAAUGAUCCAUUUAUUCCCGCUUUUUACAUUCAGACCGUAACGAUUUUAUGCUCCCGAACAAAGACAACCCCUGUCAUUUGCAUUCGUCUUCUUAAUGAAAAUAGUCAAAGCUUCGUAAAAAAAUGUUGCCAAAAGAAUACUUGAUUGCUGCAAUGGCUUGUUCAAAACAAAUCACUUUUAGUAAGUUAUUUGGAUGUUGCACAAAAAUUACUUGAAUCGUUUUGGGUCUGUUCGCUUAAUUCGUGAGAACCUUCAGGUUUGUAGACCGCCCGUCUUUAGACUCCUGAAAGACUUUCCGCAUGAAGUCUCAGGAACCGGAGUCCACCGUCCAUCAGCGUCUUUCCUAACAAGCUAACACACUUCUGACUGCUGAACGUGGCAUUACACUUCAUCGUCUUCCGUCCAACAUUCUGAACUUAGGAUGUGCCGGAUGUCUUCGAACAUUUACACAGAUCAGUUAACCCUAAUGAUGUAAACCACAGAGGGCUGAUGAAUUGUAGCACGUCUUUUGUAAAGUAAAAAAAACAAAACCGAAUAGAUCUGCUAUUCUUUCACUAUUGUAGAAAGAGAUGAUUUAAUGUUUGUUUGAAUCUCAAAGCUGUACAUUUUUUUUAAUUGUAUAAGACUGCUCUUUGUUACUCAAAUAUGUAUUUAGCAGAACAAGUAUGAAUAGUUAGCCCAAUAAAGUA